CAAGAGCCUCUCUAGAUUUUGUUGCUAUUCUAGGAGCAGGCCCUUGGCGAGUCCCAAAGUGAGAUUAGAGCAGCGGCGGUGUGGUUACGAGAGCUGAGAUCGAACAAUGCUGCCUUCUGAAAAAGCCAAACAAAGCAAAAGCAAAGCGUCUGCUGCUUUUCAGUCUCGAGUUGGCCGAGGUCCUAACUGGCCGGUGGGUUGGCCGGCUGGCUGUCAUCUCUCGUGUUUCGGAGACACUCGGCGCUGCUGUGGCAUAGUGCGCGCUCCUUCAUAACAAGACGUGUUCCCUGCAACACUUCCUCUCAGACGCCCCCCCCCCCAAUCCGUGCUUAUCCCAGGACAUCUGCGGCUCCCGCAGAAGUGCCAUUAGCAGCUCGACUUUGGGAUCGAGCUCUCCUCUCGGAUCCAACGAAGCUCUCACCGGAACAAACACCUCGAUCUUGAAUCACUGUGAACGAUUGGGAACUCGUUUCAGAGCUCGACAGGGAUCCUGGGGAGAGAUCCUCUACCACGUCCAUGAGAAGCAUGGGAGGAAAGGAAAAGAAGAUCGUGGUGAUCGCCAAUGUUCCCGGCUAUGAAGGGUCAUGCCGCUCCCCACCGGUGGAAUGAAUCAAAGCGCUGUCCACAUUUUGGUCUAAUCCUUUGACAUGGUGGCACUAUUUGACAUAUCUAAGUCAACUCCAGUUAAAAAUCAUGCAAAUUAUGAUUCUAUCUCAUUAGCACACUUAAAAUGUAGGUUGCUAAACACGUGUUGUUGUUGCAGGCCAGACAGGAAGCUUCCUUGUCAUGAGCCCGCUGGAAUGAAGAACGGCAAAGUGCCAACGUCAGCGGUACCACCGCCUAUCCCCAUGUCGCCCAUUGUGGAGAAGAUGGAAGGACUGAAGGCCAUCCGCAACCGCAGCAACAGCCUUCGUUUUGGCCGCCUGGCCUUCUACCGACACCUGGAGAAGGUGGGCACCAUGCGCUGCUUCUGGGAACUCAAACACAUGGAACUGCAGGGAAAGGACGACAAAGAGAAAGGCAAAGUCAACCUCAAAGGUCAGAAGAAGAGGAGGUCCCUGGAAACUUCAGAGUCAUCGGCUGCGCCAGUGCUUCCUGAGCAGGUGGCGAAACUCAACCAAAAGAACUUUGACCAUUAUCACGGCAGCAAUGAGGCAGAGGACGGCGCAAGUGGAAGACUCGUUGAGUCGAUUGCCAGUGAAUCUGAUAAAGAGAGCGAGGAUGUCUUCGAAGACUCGGGCUCUGAGGAAGACGCGGAAGCAGAGAUUGCAUCGUUGGGUCUCGGUCCAGAGGCGAGCGCCGAUGAGCGAGAUGAAGGCAAUCGGAGAACAUUGCAAGCGGACCUUUCUUGUGACACCGGCAAGACUUCCACCGUGAAGCAAGACGGCUCCGACGACGUCGGUGAUGCGGCCGCCUGCAGCAAACGUCGCGUCACUGAAGAAGAAGUGGCCAAAGACGACCCGAAGAAGAGUCGGGUGGAAGGCGGGAAAGAUGAAAAGGCCGACGGAGUUGCAGCCGAGACGGACAAGUCACAACGCAGCCACUCGGAUGCGGAGAGCAACAGCAAGCAGCUGUCAGACGCGACAGAGGAAUUCUUCAUAGACUCUAGCCCACCGCCGGCGGCACCUUUCGAUCAUCGCAUUGUGACUCCCAAACCUCACCAAAUCGCCACCUACUACUCCAUCAACAGAGACGAGGUCCUGGGAGGGGGGCGCUUUGGCCAGGUCCACAAGUGUGUGGAGACCUCGUCUGGCCUCACAUUGGCUGCCAAGAUCAUCAAGGCCAGGAGCCAAAAGGAAAAGGAUGUGGUGAGGAACGAGAUCCAGGUGAUGAACCAGCUCAACCACUGCAACCUCAUCCAGCUCUACGCGGCCUUCGAGUCUCGUCAUGACAUCAUCCUGGUCAUGGAGUACGUCGAGGGCGGAGAGCUGUUUGACCGCAUCAUCGACGAGGAAUGUAACCUUAGCGAGUUUGACACGGUGCUCUUCAUACGGCAAAUUUGCGAGGGGCUGCAGUACAUGCACAGAAUGUACAUCCUCCAUCUUGACCUCAAGCCAGAGAACAUUCUUUGUGUCAGCAGAGCGACAAACAAGAUCAAAAUCAUAGAUUUUGGCCUAGCCCGGAGAUAUAAACCUCGAGAGAAGCUGAAGGUCAACUUUGGAACGCCUGAAUUUUUGGCACCUGAAGUCAUCAACUACGAGUUUGUUUCCUUCCCCACCGACAUGUGGAGCCUCGGGGUCAUCAUGUAUAUGCUACUCAGCGGCUUGUCUCCUUUCCUCGGGGAUGACGAUAACGAGACGCUAAACAACAUCCUGGCCUGUCAGUGGAACUUUGAGGAAGAAGAGUUCACAGAUGUUUCUGAAGAGGCCAAAGACUUCAUCACACGCUUGCUGGUGAAGAGCAAAAGCUGGAGAAUGAGCGCCACAGAAGCUCUCAGGCACGCCUGGCUGGCAGACCAAAGUCUGCACUACAAGUUACAUCUGAAGAAAAGCAAGUGUGGUUCCACACGACCGCCCUCUCCAACGUGCUAAACGGGAAAGGCACCAAGCACGCCUUCCUUUUCAACAAUGCGGGGCCCCGGCGCCCCUCACCGGACCAAUGCCGCUCUCUCUACCUGGACGGCGACUCACCACCGAGCGGGCUUGCUCGGUGCAGCUGCGCUUUGCUUUCCUCUGGAGUCGACAAAUGGGGCAGUCUUAUCUUCGGGGAUACAAAUUGCAGACUGUCUCGUAGAAUGUCACAGCCAAAAGUGAGCUCUGACAUCACUAUCAACGUGACUCUGCAAAUUUGUGACUCGGCAGCGCAAAACAAAUUGCUUGGCUCAAAUUGAAAAUAUAAUGGGAAACAGGAACAGUUGCUGAAUUUUGGGACUUGGGGU